CUCUCUCCGACCAAUCAAUAUCUUCCCUCUCUCUCCUCGCUGGCUCGCGCUCUCUUUCUUUAUUAUCACUAUUCACGAAAUCACAUUAAUCGCAGAGCUCAUCAUCACAACAAAAAUGCAUAAUCCCUUGGCUUCCGUGCGUCCUCCUUCCAUUUUCUUCCACCCUUCUUACGUUCAAGAAGCCACACGCUUUCACGUACACAUCCAUCCAAGAAUCGCUUUGUUACAGUGAUCCAAAGAACCUUUUCUUUCCUGAGUUUUAGCUGCACAACCCUAUCUUCAAUACCUAACAAUGGCUCCGACUGUAAUGCCCCUUCAAUCUGUAGUUUCCAGUUUUGUCGGACGACCUUUUAUGAGAGUCUUCUUCGCCUUCAUCCUCUGCUCUCUGUUCUACGUCAUUGUUUUCCGUCUUGGUGUUUCGGAAGACAACCCUACUCAAUCCUUAGAAAUGUCUGACUUUGAAUUCUGCCCUGGUAACUACACAAAUUACUGCCCCUGCCAGGACCCGCGUAGGCAAAAACGGUUCUCUAAUUUUAUGUGGUUUCGUAAGGAGCGUCAUUGCCCAAACAUCAGUGAAAGACUGCGCUGCUUGAUUCCUAAGCCAUUGGGUUACCGAAAGCCUUUUCCUUGGCCUGAGAGUAAGGACGCAGCUUGGUUCAGUAAUGUCCCUUUUACGAAACUCGCGGAAUAUAAAAAGUCUCAGAAUUGGGUCAGAUUGGAAGGUGAUCGUCUUGUGUUUCCCGGCGGCGGCACAUCGUUUCCCGAAGGAGUUAAGGGUUAUGUCGAUGCUCUGAACCGUAUUCUGCCUCUGGAUUCCGGUGAUAUACGAACAGCUCUUGAUGUUGGUUGUGGGGUUGCAAGCUUUGGAGCAUCGUUAAUGGACUACAAUAUCUUGACGAUGUCAGUUGCGCCAAGUGAUGAACAUGAAGCACAAGUACAGUUUGCCUUAGAAAGGGGGCUUCCGGCCUUGCUUGGAGUACUAAGCGUUCAUAGGCUACCAUUCCCUUCAAGAUCAUUUGAUAUGGCUCACUGCUCCCGAUGCCUUGUCCAAUGGACUGCCUAUGAUGGGCUAUAUCUUUUAGAGGUUAACCGGAUUUUGCGCCCUGGUGGUUAUUGGGUACUGUCUGGGCCGCCUAUAAAUUGGAGGGAAAACUACAGAGGGUGGCAGAGAGAGCCUGACGUUUUGGAAAAGGAACAGAACGUUUUAGAAGACCUUGCUAAGCGAAUGUGCUGGAAAAAAGUUGCUGAGAGAGAUGGUUUUGCAGUAUGGCAAAAACCCACAAAUCAUAUUCACUGCACCCAAAUGAAAAGGAUAUGGCCAUCCCCUGCGUUCUGCAACUCUUCUGAUGCUGAUGCUGGUUGGUAUACAAAAAUGACUGCAUGCAUUUUUCCUCUUCCAGACGUGAAUGAUAUUCGUGAGGUAUCUGGUGGUGCUCUGGAGAAAUGGCCUGCAAGGUUAAACACUGCUCCACCUAGAAUUAAGAAUGAAACUGAUGAUGGGAUCACAGUCAGAGUUUUUGAUGAGGAUACACAGGCAUGGAAAAGGAGAGUAUUGUAUUAUGAAUCCAUGCUGAAAUCUCUCUCUUCUGGUAAGUAUCGAAAUGUCAUGGAUAUGAACGCCUACUUGGGGGGAUUUGCAGCUGCAAUGGUGGAAUACCCGGUUUGGGUCAUGAAUGUUGUUCCCUUUGAUGCUGCACACAGAAAUCUUGGUGUUAUCUAUGAGCGUGGCCUAAUCGGGACUUACAUGGAUUGGUGUGAACCCUUUUCUAUACCUCGAACAUAUGACUUGAUACACGCUUCUGGUAUAUUCAGUAUGUACGUGGACAAGUGCGACAUUACUUAUAUACUUCUUGAGAUGCAUCGCAUUCUUCGUCCUGGAGGAACUGUUAUCAUCAGAGAUCAUGCGGACAUAAUUGCCAAAGUAAGAGUAACAGAUCACAUGAAAUGGAAAGGAAAUGUAUUGCAGAGUGAGAAUGGGGCUUCUGAUCCUGCAAGGGUGCUGCUUAUUGACAAUGCUGAGUAAUUGGUUGUAUUAUCAGUCUUGUUGCAGGCACAAAAUGCGACUCACAAGUGAUAAAUCAUCCUCGUAUAAUGUCCAGAACAGAGGAAAGCUUCGUCAACGAGCAAUUUCAUUUGACCGUAACGAUCAGUAGUAUAUACAGUUUUAUAUCAUACAGAUGUUAAUUGUCUCAGCUGUUGCUGAGGUUCUUGGAGGAUCUUUGGUCAAUUCAAGUGGCUUAGAUGCAAGAAAAGCUGAAACCUCAAGUUCUGGGUUGCAAUGGCGCUCCCAAAUCGAGUGGAUGAUCUCUCUCUCUCAUUCCCAAACAUGUGUAAAUGACAUUUCUAGCGUCAAGUAGUUAUUAGUUGAAUAAUGAUUAUUACAGAUUCAUAUUGUUUUAUUCUUCUGACUUGGAUGGAGGUUGAUGCUUAGCAGGUUGUAAGCCUCUCUUUCAAGCCUUUAACAAUAUUUGAUUUUUCACAUCAAUUA